CGGUAGAAUGCGGAGUUUUUCGAAAAUUAUUUGCUUCUGUGGCUUUAUUGCUACUGGAAUUCAUCUUGGAGAUACUACGAGCCCUAGAAUUGUGAAUGGCUUUCCUAUUACCAUCGACAAACUACCGUUUGUGGUCGCAUUACAUCAUGAGUUCCGCGGAUUUGUCUGUGGUGGAAGUAUUAUUAACCAAAAGUGGAUUUUAACUGCGUAUCAUUGCAUGCCACUGGGUGAGGAUCUUCGGUUUUAUUAUGUUCGGGCUGGCUCAACAUUUCUCGACGAAGGCGGUUCCCUUCACUGGUUGAAGGAGGCAAUUGGCUACAAGCGUCCCGAGGUGAAUUCUCUCAGCAUCCCAAAGCACGAUAUUCUUCUUCUGCGAGUUAUAAAACCUUUCAGAUAUUCGCAAAAGCUCCAGCCAGUCGGAUUGCCCCGAGUGGACGAACGUCCUCCGAAAAAGCUCUGGGUGGCAGGGUGGGGGGAAACCAGUAUGAAGAGUCUUUCGCCUAUUUUGCAAAUAGUGCAGGUUGAUUUCAUUCCCUACGAAGAAUGUCUGAAUGCCUCUGUAUGGUAUCAUAAGGCAGUGUCCGAUGAAAGUCAUCUCUGUUAUUUUCGUGAGAAUCACGACUCCUGUCAGGGAGAUUCCGGAGGGCCUUUGGCGUCUGAUACGACAAUCUACGGAAUUGUUUCUUUCGGCGAAGGUUGUGGAACAGUCCCUGGAGUAUACGCCAAUGUCGUCUACUACAGGAAUUGGAUUAAAAAAAUCACAUGGCUAGGGAGAAAAAAAUCAAAGCGGAUCAUUAAAUCUUCGGCAUGAAAUAUACAACUGCGUUAAAAUAGUAUAAUUACGCUCAUGAUUCUUGAAAUAAUCAACAAACGAUUGGCAAUAAAUCUGGGAAAAAUUU